GACCGUUAACACUCACAGCGUUGAUUUUAUACACUCUCUCUCUCUUUCAUUUCUCUUCACUCUCUCUUCUCUUCUUCCUCCAAAAAAAAAUCCCUAAUUUCCCAAUCUCUCUCUCAAGAAAUAACGGAAGAGAUUUCUCUGUUAAGAAAAAUGGCAGCAGAGAGUGACGAUUCUUCGACCGCUACCACUGCUACGACGACGACGUCGUUGACUGCUAAUGCGACGACAUCGUUGAAAGAGAAUACGACGACGACGUCGUUGACUGCUAAUGCGACGACAUCGUUGAAAGAGAAUACGACGACGUUGAUGUUAGUAGACGAGAUGUAUGAGUUUUCGGCUCCGAAGUUUUAUGAUUUUGUGAAAGGAGAAUCGGAUGAAGAUUCUAGAAACGCUGAGCUUUGGUUCGAUGUUACAGCGGCCUAUGCUCCUUCUCCUUUUAUGCCUAGAAUAAAGACUGGUAGAUCAUUUAAGGUAGAGACCUUAUGUGAUUUUAGUCAAGCAGACCAAUUGCAUAAGCCCAUUGAAAUUGAAUUGCAGGUCGCAGAAUCAUCUGAUUCAAAACCAACUGACUCUUCAUCAGACAGCAACUCUCAAUCAGAGGUCAUGCCACUACCGGAACCAGCGGCAUCCUCUGAAAUGAGGAAGGAAGAAACUAGUUCUAAUGAGGAAAACAAUGCUAACCUUAUCAAUGUGAUUUCUGCUGGUGAUGUUACUUGUGAAAAAGAGAAGAAGGUGGGGUUUGCAUGUGCUGAAAGUAAUGGAAGAUGCACUUCUUCUCUGCAAAUCGAGAACACUGAUGGUAAGAGCAGUAAAAAUGAUGCUUACUGCACCCCUAAGCAACCAAUGUCUUCUCGGAACAGAGGCAUAUUGACUGAUUCCAAGAAGAAUCAAUCAGCUAGACAUAUAGCUAGUUUGGUUAAGAAUCCAUCGUCGGUGAAGCCAAAGGGUCAAUCACAGUCUUCACGAGUUAAGGGAAUCAAACCAACAAGUGUCAAAAAAGAUCCUAAUGUGAAAAAUGUUGCCGGGACUGCCAAUUUAGCCCAAGAGAACCAAGCAAUUAAGAAACAGAAGCUGGAUGGGGGGAGGUCCAGACAGAUUGUUAAUGCGAAGCCCCCACAACCAUUGAUGCACAAGUCCAAACUGGGUCUUAGCAGUGGCAAUUCUAACUUUUGUUCAUCUGUUCCAAAUAAAAUGCAGAAAGUGGAUAGAAAGGUUUAUGUUCGGGAACAAGCAGCUCCAGCUCCAUUUGUUUCAAUGGCAGAAAUGAUGAAGAAGUUCCAAUCAAAUACUAGAGAAUUGUCAUUGCCACAUGAUGGUCCUGCUUCUGUUAUCCAGAGGAAUCCUAAACUCACACUGACAAGGCCUAAGGAGCCUGAAUUUGAAACAGCUCAGCGUGUUCGCUCAGUCAAAAUAAAAAGCACUGCAGAGAUUGAAGAAGAGAUGAUGGCCAAAAUUCCCAAGUUCAAAGCCAGACCACUGAACAAGAAGAUUCUGGAAGCUCCAACAUUACCAGCAUUACCAAGAAGCACACCACACCGACCUGAGUUCCAGGAGUUUCAUUUUGUGACAGCAGCGAGGGCAAAUCAGAAUGCAGAAUCAGCUUCAGUGGCUUCAACGGAAGUGUCUUGUCAGAGUAAUCAGUGGAAACCUCAUCAUCUCACAGAGCCCAAAACCCCUGUUCUUCAUACAUCUUUAAGGGCCCGUCCAGCAAUGGUGAAAAGUUCUUUAGAACUAGAGAAAGAAGAGCUUGAAAAGAUCCCUAAAUUUAAGGCAAGGCCUUUGAAUAGAAAGAUAUUUGAAAGUAAGGGAGAGAUGGGGAUUUUCUGUCAUGUGAAGAAGCAAGUUACGAUCCCUCAAGAAUUUCAUUUUGCCACAAAUGAGAGGAUUCCACCGGCUUCUUCUGUUGUUGAUAUGUUUGAAAAGCUCUCACUGAGGUCAGAACCUACCAAUGAAAAUCCCAUUCCAAGAAACACACUGCCAAAUCCAUUCCACCUCCACACAGAGGAAAGAGGGGCCGAAAAAGAGAGGAAAUUUGUGAUGGAACUUAUGCAGAAGCAGAUGGAAGAGGAAAGAGCAAGAUUUCAUAGGGCCAAUCCCUAUCCUUAUACCACUGAUUAUCCUGUGAUUCCACCAAGACCAGAGCCCAAACCAUGCACAAAAGCAGAACCUUUCCAAUUAGAGAGUCUAGUAAGGCAUGAGGAGGAAAUGCAGAGGGAAAUGCAAGAAAGAGAGAGAAAGGAAAAGGAAGAAGCCCAGAUGAGGAUAUUCAGAGCACAGCCCGUACUUAAAGAGGAUCCAAUUCCUCUACCAGAGAAAGUGCGAAAACCACUUACACAGGUUCAGCAAUUCAAUCUCAAUGCAGAUCAUAGGGCUGUGGACAGGGCAGAAUUUGAUCAAAAGGUGAAGGAGAAAGAAAUGCUGUAUAAGAGAUAUAGAGAAGGGAGUGAAACUGCCAGGAUGAUGGAAGAAGAAAAGGCAUUGAAACAGCUUAGAAGGACAAUGGUUCCCCAUGCCCGGCCGGUUCCAAAUUUUAACCGGCCAUUCUUCCCCGAGAAAUCGUCCAAGGAAACUACAAAUGCAAGGUCACCAAAUCUACGGGUGCUCCAAAGAAGAGAAAGGAGGAAGAUGAUGGUGAAUGCAGCUUCUUCUGCCACUGCUUCUGGCAUGAGGUGAUUUGUUUUCCUGUGUAGAGCAGAGAGCAGCUGUUCAAGAACUCUUGAACCAUUCAUUUUGAUUUUAGUAGUGAUCAUUCUUUUCAGUAUUAUUGUACUGCUAAUCAUAUGUACAAAACCCUUAGAUCAUCAUCAUUUGUUGUAACAUCAAUUCUAGAAUGUAAGCAAAACUAAUGAUAACGGAAAUUACUAUGUCUUGUACUCGGA